GUAAACUUUUCUUUUCGCGAUGGACCGUUCCGCAGAUGGCAGCAGUAGCUCUCACCCCCUGUUUUUUUGGCGGGAAAAGCAUUCCUCCCACCACAUGGCUUUAUAUUUUUGGCGGGAACAGCGCUAAUUUACCUCUCCCGCUGCCAUAACAGAACGAGCAGGAGCGGGAGAGAGAGAGAGAGAGAGAGAGAGAGAGAGAGAGAGAGAGAGAGAGAGAGAGAGAGGAUGGUUGGGCUGCCCUACGACUGCGUCGCGAACCCGCAUGGUGCAGUGCGGCUGACGUUCGAGAAGGCGGUGGCGGCGUCGCAGGACGCCGAUUCCGUUGCGGCCCUAUGUGGCAAGGAUUGGGGCGCGGUUGAUCUUUUCCGCAUGUUCCUUUUUGAAGAAGACGGCCUUUCAAAGGUUCCGAUUCUUAAUAAAUCGAGUCUUCCUUGGAUUAAGCCCAACACUCUGGUACGCUUCAGGGGGAUGGUGCAAGAUAUGCUCGGGAACGAACUCUACAUCGGGGCUUUCAAGGAUGGUUCAACUUGGAGGACGAACAAGUUUACUGAUGUAGCCUGCCGCCCGAUUCCUUCAUCAUGCCAAUCUUUUCUGUGGGAGCGCCGGCUUUUUGUUUGUGUUCCUGUUCCAGGACAAAAUUCAUGGAUUUUGGAUGCUGCACCUCAGGUUGUUCUUAACAGCUAUGAUAAAGAUGAUGCUUCCCAACAUGGGGAAAAACGUAUGAGAGAUGCAAGCCAUGAUGCCAUGGAACUGAAUGUACUGGAUGAGAUGGACUCUUCAUGCUCCAAGAAGCAGAGGGAGGAUGAACAUAUUUUUCAGUCAUGCCAGUCAUUAGUGGGAGAAGCAGUUUUGCAGGGUGGUAUGCUCGAGAACAGGAACAAUCUUGGAGAAAGUUCCUUUUCAUGUUUAGUUAAGGCAUAUGACUUGCCGGAGAGUCAUUUGAAAUUGAAUGAUGUGUUCGAGUUUAUAGGCAUUUACACGUUUGAUCCCGAACUUGUUCAUAUGAGUAGCACUGAUGAUUCUUCAUUUGACCUCAUGGAAGAUGUGUCAAAUCAGCUCCCUCCGAAUAAGGUACCACGUCUUCAUUGUUUAGUAUCCAGAAAGCUGGCUGUUCAAGAUUUUCUCUCUGGUUCGCUUGCACUGCAGCCACUUCCUAACGUGAUGAGCGAUAUCCGAGAAUCAUUGCUUGUGCAUCUUUCAGCACUUCUUGGCAAUGAUACAGUAGCAGCACAGUUCUUAUUGCUGCAUCUCUUAUCAAGGGUACGCCAUACAAUGGAUGUGAUUGCAGUAGGGAAGCUGUCACUUAACCUGACUGGUUUUAAUAGAGAAAGUGCAUCAGUUUUUGGAAAUCAACUUAACGAUAUAAUUAUGGAACUUUUUCCUUUUUCCAAAGUAAUUCCCCUCUCCGUGGAGUAUCUCAACAACGCUGUGCUUCAACCUAGGAAAGAUAACCAGUCGGGAAGGUUGGUGACUGGAGUGCUACAGUUAGCAGAAGGUACUCACUUGACUAUUGAUGAGACUCAUUUGCAGGCAGGGGUGCUCAAUUCUGUUGGUGUUGAGAAUGCACGUUUAUUAAAGAAUUUGAUGGAGUGGCAAACGGUACAAUAUGACUUCGAAUAUUACAAGAUAGAAAUGGCUGCUGACAUCCAGAUGCUGAUCUUCUCUGAGGGGAAAUCCAAUAUAUUACCAGCUGAUAUGAUUCUUCCUUUUCGUCCUGAAUCAUUUGUUCGUGUAAAGAAAGCAAGCACCGAAGAAUUGCAAGCCUGGAGGUGGUAUCUUGCCACAGUUAAGUCUCUUCACUACUCGAAUGGCCCUCAAGUGCAACAGAUGCUGGAAGAUGAAAUAGUUGCAGCCAUGCGAGAAGAUCGAAGCUUGGGAUACAAAGACCUCGAGAGAGUUCUCAUCAUGGCGCAGCUGUUGUCGGCGAGCUUAGGUGAACGAAGCGUCUCAUUGGAGCAGUGGCAGAAGGCGAAGGAGCUGGAGAAGCUUAGAAAGGAGAGGCUGAGGUGAUACAGGGAAGCGUGUAAAAUGUGUCAUUUGGCUUUUGUCUGUGGAAGGAUCAAAUUCAGGACAGUGGCAAGAAAUCUACCUAUGAUAUUGUACAUAAAGGUACUUCAUUUUAAAUUGAAUCAUCUUAACAAUGUGCUUAGGGUCAACAAAUUUUGUUUCCAAGUUCUAAUAUCAAUAUUAAGCGUUUUAUAGCUUUUAAGUUGUGAAA